CCCAAUUUUCCCCCCAUUUUCCCCCCAUUUUUUCCCCAUUUUUUCCCCAUUUUUUUCCCAAUUUUUCCCAAUUUUUCCCCAUUUUUUCCCCAUGGAAUCCCAAUGCGAUUAUUCCAUGUAUUUCCCCGCCGUUCCCUUCCCUCCCCGGGAAUUCCUGGCCGGAGAAUCCUCGGGAUAUCGAUCCCUCCCCCGCCGGAAUCACCUUUACCUGGGCGAAACCGUGCGAUUCCUGCUGGUCCUGAGGAAAAAUCCCGGCAAUCCCGACAAAAACCCCGGGAAUCCCGACAAAAACCCUGGGAAUUCCGACAAAAACCCCGGGAAUUCCGACAAAAACCCCGGGAAUUCCGCCAACAUCCCGGGAAAAACCCCCUGGAUCCAGUUGGCUUCGUCUUUAUCCGCCUUGGCCACCGUCACCUGCGGCGACAACGCCGGGAAAAACCGGGAUGAGGAGGAGGAAAACGAUGGAAAUCCCGGGAAUUUCGGGAAUGACGAGCCAGAGGAUCCCAAGGAGCCGCCGGUUUUCCGGGAAUGCCGAGCUCUGCUGACCCAUUCCAGGGGCCCGCCGGGAUCCGCCGGAGCUGGGCUGCCCGUGGACGAUCCCAUCGUCUCCUCAGACGAGAUCAUCUUCCCGCUCACCGUGGCCCUGGACCGGCUCCCGCCCGCCACCGCCAAGGCCAAGAUCGUGGUCACCGUGUGGCAGCGGGACACGGAGCCACCAGAGCUACAGGAGGAGGUGACAGCGCCACCCCAGGUGACAACAACCACACCUGGACAGGUGCCAGGGCCACCCCAGGUGACAACGACAGCGGGACAGGUGACAACGACAGCGGGACAGGUGACAGGGCCACCGCAGGUGACAAUGACAGGGACAGGGGGGUACCUGAGGCUCCUCCAGGGCCGCGCCCCCGGCCAGGUGUUCCGGCAGCAGCACGGCGCCUUCAAGGCACAAGUGUCCACUCUGCUGACGGUGCUGCCACCGCCCCGCGUCCGCUGCCGCCAGGUGACCGUGUCCGGAAAAUACCUGACCGUGCUGAAAGUGCUCAAUGGCAGCUCGCAGGAGGAGCUCUCUCUCUGGGACGUUCAGAUCCUGCCCAAUUUCAACGCCAGUUACCUGCCCGUGAUGCCCGACGGCUCCGUCCUGCUGGUGGACGACGUGUGCCACCACUCCGGGGAGGUCCCCGUGGGCGCCUUCUGCCGCGUCCCCGGUGGCCACGCGGGGUGGCCCUGUCCCCUCAGCGCCCUGGAGGAGCAGAACUUCCUGUUCCAGCUGCAGGCGCCCGAGAGACCCCCCUGUGACAGCAAGGAGGGUCUGGAGGUGCCGCUGGUGGCCGUGGUUCGGUGGUCGACGCCCAAGCUGCCAUUCACCAACAGCAUCGUCACCCACUACAGGUUGCCCAGCAUCCGUCUGGAGCGGCCGCGCUUCGUGAUGACGGCCACCUGCGAGUCCCCCGUGGUGGCCCUGCAGCGUUUCAGUGUCACCUACACCCUGCUCAACGACCUGCAGGACUUCCUGGCCGUGAGGCUGGUCUGGACACCUGAGGCCACCGCUGGGAAAUCCCGUGGUUCCCUGGACUCCGUGGUUUGUCACACUCCUCUCACCAACCUGGGCUAUUCCCGCAAGGGCAGCGCUCGCACGUUCCGUGUGGCGUUCCAGGCUCUGCGCGCCGGCCUCUUCGAGUUGUCCCAGCACAUGAAGCUGAAGCUCCAGUUCACGGCCAGUGUGACCAAUGCCCCCCCCGAGGCCCGCCCAGUUUCCAGGAAGAGCAGUCCCAGUUCCCCGGCCGUGCGGGAACUGGUGGCCGGACUGGGACGCUCCCAGAGCUUCUCCCACCAGCAGCCGGCCCGGAGCCACCUGAUGAGGUCUGGCAGUGUCAUGGAGCGCAGGGCCAUCACCCCCCCCGUGGGGUCCCCCGUGGGACGUCCCCUGUACCUCCCCGCGGGUGACAAAGCCGUGCUGGCCCUGGACAAGAUCGCCAAGAGAGAGUGCAAGGUGCUGGUGGUGGCACCUGUCAAGUGACACCUGGGGACACCUGGGGACACCUGGGGACACCUGGGGACAUCUGGGGACACCUGGGGACAUCUGGGGACACCUGGGGACACCUGGGGACACCUGGGGGGACAUGGG